AUGGAGAUUUGUUCUUCUUUGCCGCAGGUUGGAUGGUACAAUGCCGUUCUCCAGCCAGCCUUUCAUCUCCCCUACCCAGAUGACACGCUGGCCUUCGUAGUCCUCAGCACGCCUUCAAUGUUUGACAAAGCCCUUAAACCUUUUGUGAACAAAGAACGGCUAAAAAUAAUCCGAGAUCCCGUGGAUCAGUGUGUUUCUCAUCAUUUGUCACGCGUGAAGGAGAAAUUCCCUGACCAGAAGGUGGACGUCAUCUUUGACUACGAGAUCCUGCCAAGCCGAAAACCCAAGUUCUUGGCGCAGACAGCUGCCCAUGUUGCUGGAGCUGCGUUUUACUACCAAAGGAAGGAUGUGAAGCUUGAUCCUUGGGGGAAAAAGAAGAUCUAUGGCGUAUGUAUCCAUCCCAAGUAUGGAGGUUGGUUUGCUAUCCGGGGUCUCCUCGUGUUCCCAGAUAUUCAAGUACCGUUCCUGGAACAGCGUGCCCCUGUUGACUGUGUGAGCACAGAGGGAAAAAGGAUUGAGUUGCUGGACCAGUUCAAUUUCCACUGGCAGGACGGCCGCUACAGGGACAUAAUUGAAGUGAAGGAAAGAUACUCGGAGGAGCAAAAAGCCUACUUUGCCACUCCUCCAGCGGAGAGGUUCAGGCUGCUAGGGCUGACACAGUAA